GAUGGUCAGUUUGAUUCUGAGCCGCUGCAUCUUCAGGCUCCUCUCCACCUUUCUGCUGGAGGCGAAACUGGUGAGUGGGACCCCGGAGAUGGCUGCCGGUCUGCUCCCUUCCCCCCAGUUUUCAAAACCGUUUCUGAUGUUAGCGUCGGAGCCGAGAUCUCCAUCCCCAUCCCAUCCCUCUCAUUGCCCCACCAGAGCCCCUCCCUGGGAACCCCCAAACCUCUCAUUGAUCCGUUCAGAGUCUCCUUAUGAACCUCACGCUUUCCCUGAUCCCCUCAACCCCUCCGCGAGUCCCCGAGGUUCCUCCCUGAUUCUUGCCACUUCGGGGCGCACACGGGGGCGGGGGCUCCUUGGAUUCUGUCUCCGGAGGCGGGGUGACCUCGGUGUUCGGGGCCCCCCUCGCCCCCCCUCCCCAAUUCCUCCCAACCAAAGGCUCUUUCUGUUUGUUGUCCGGUUUCUCGGAGACCGGCCGGAGGCGUGGCCGAUCUGGCGGCCGCAGCCCGGCAGUCGAAGGCCACCGGCCGGGAAGAUUGGUGCGCCCUCCCAGAGCUGGUCUCUGGGGGGCUUCCCCAGCACCUCCUGGCUCUCAGGUGCCGCAAACUUCUUCAAGAGUCCGGGAUGGACAAAAGUGUGUGGGUGGGCACUUGGCGGCCCCACCGCCCCCGGGGCCCCAUUGCAGCACUUCACUCUGGUCCUGGACCCAAGUACAUGCUGCCCCCUAGCACCGGUCGCUACUUCCCAGAGCGGGCCACCAACGUCGCAUACCCCAAGCCCCCCGGGCACUCUAUGGCCGGUCGUACCAAAGACCUUCAGGAGGCCGAGACCCCCGGUCCCGCGGCCUACUCGGUUCCCUCCCUCUUGGGCUGCCGUCUGAUCCACAAGGCUUCGGCUCCCACUUACUCCAUCUGCGGCCGAACUUCCGUGGGCAGCUUCUGCCAAGACCUGAGCAAGACCCCAGGCCCCUGCGCUUAUCAAGAGGUGAAUCCCGGGGUGUACAAGACCAAGGCUCCCCAGUUCACCAUGCAGCCCCGCACCUCCAUCCCGCAGGAUAUCACCAGGAAGCCUGGUCCCGCCGCUUACUAUCCUCAACAGUUUCGCCAAACCCCCGGUCCCAGCUUCGGCAUCCGCCACUCGGAAUACCAGGCCCCGCUUAUCAUGGAUCCACAGGAGUAACUCCUGGGAGGCCAGGCCCGCGAGAAGGGACGGAGAUCUCUCCCGGUCCCCUCCUCCGUCAGUGGGUCCAGCCGCCCCCACCCCCCUGAGCGUCCGCGUGUGUGGCCGUAGCGCCGCUUCCCUUCCGCUCCGCAUAAAGCAGGCCCCCGGAGGGCCGCAGAGUAUUCUCCCUCCAAGUCUCAGAGGCUGGGUCGCAGAGCCCCGAGCACCCUUGCCGUUGCUGGAGCUCCUGCCCCGAGCCGUAGCCCCAGUUAGUCUGUCUGUCCGUGUGCCUGUGGCCCAGUGCGGAAAUAAACCUUGACCUCUA